UUUUUCCUUGAGAAGUUUGGUCACUCUACGCCGGCGUCGCUUUUUAUAAUUUCUUUGUUCCCGCGGCUUUUCAAAGCUUCUCCUGCAUUAAAAUGAGUUUUUUAAGCAACAGCGACACAGUUCAUGUGGAAGUUUGCCUGCGAGGUAACGAUCUUCGCUCUAAUGCAAUUCGCAACAAUGUGGAGACAGCCCUAAAGGCCUAUUUUCAGACGGCUAGAAAAUUGCCCAGAAAUGUGUCAUUCCUGCCGGAUCUCACAGCUGAGCAAACUGAACAUGUGCACUCUGUUCUCCUGGAGCGCGACAAUGGCGGUGUGCAGCCUCUAAAGGUCGCCGAGACCAAAUUUCGCUUCCAUUUCUAUGCCACUAGGCCAGAGGAAGGGCAACUUGGUCUGUUUUCGGGCGAAGAAGGCUCGGAUGGCAUCGAUAGCAUCGUGGCGGCCAGUCAUGCGCUCCUGCCAGCCGCUCAGUUUGUGGGUCUGUGGGAGAACCUCAUCUACGAGACAGGACUCAAGGAAAAGCUUCUAAAGUUUGCUCUUUCGGCACUGAUGUUCUCUGAACACCGUGUGGACACGAAUGUGAUUGCCUGUAACCGACUGAUACUGCUCCACGGACCACCUGGAACAGGAAAGACGAGCCUUUGCAAGGCCCUGGCCCAGAAGUUGUCUAUCCGUACCCAAGGCAGCUAUGCUUACACGCACCUGGUGGAGAUAAACAGCCACAGCCUGUUCUCGAAGUGGUUCUCUGAGAGCGGCAAGCUAGUGGCGCAACUGUUUAAUAAGAUUGCAGAGCUAGUCUCCGAUCCCAACAACCUGGUGUGCGUGCUGAUCGACGAGGUUGAGUCGCUGGCAUACGCCAGGAGUGCCAUGUCUAGUAAUGAACCAAGGGAUGCCAUGCGUGUGGUAAAUGCGGUACUCACCCAGCUGGAUUCCCUUAAGACUUGUCCCAACGUACUGAUCCUGGCCACAUCUAACCUGGCUCAAAGCAUUGAUCUGGCCUUCGUGGAUCGCGCCGAUAUCCGACUCUUCAUUGGUUAUCCCGGCAUUUCCGCUAUCCGAGAAAUAUACAAGGGCAUGCUGGCUGAACUAAUGUCGGCGGGAGUUCUGCAGCGCGAAGUUCUGGAGUCGGAGGACGCCGAGGAAGGUUUGCUGACGCAAUUGGCUGAGCGCAGCGUUGGGCUAAGUGGCCGCACAUUGCGGAAGCUGCCGCUUUUGGCCCAUGCCCAGUACACCAGCAGCACUCUGUUCGAGUUGGACCAGAAGAUCAGUCUAUCGGACUUUCUGGACGCCAUGCUGGAGGCCCUGGAGCAGCAUUUAGGCGAGCAACGCCUACUAAAAUUGGAGUCCAUGGAGCAGCUGUAAAGGAAGACCGAAGCACAGACUGAAAAAAUGAAUUUACUAAACCCACUCUAUGUUCAUCAAAUGCGAUACUUUGUAAACUUCAAUUUGCUGCUAUGAAAAACAAUCCGAUGCAGAGGCACGGGUCCAAUCCCCAUUCUGUUUGCUGCCUCGUUUCAUUUGCACACGACACAGAGAUUUUCCCAUUUCUUUAUCCGGCUUUUGAUGUGAAAAUCAAGCGUGAAAUCUUGUUAUUUGCUUGCAAGUCCCUACAUGCCAUCCACUGCUCACCUACUCCACCCUUCUUCACAUCGAUAUGCACGGACAUCGGACCCUACGCAAUCUCAGCACUUUUCCCUCUUCUGUCCUUCACAUUGGAGUGCAGGAGUACUCUCAAGUCCGGCACACAACGGAGCUAUCGGAUGCUGGUGUCCCUGCUGCUGAAGCAUGGGAGGGUGCGAUUGGUGGCCAAGGACACACCCACUAUUUGCAGGACCAAGUGACGACUAAUCAAAUUUUUUGACGAUUUGAUUCUGUGUUGAUACUGCCUGUUGAUCCGUAUCAUCCAUUUGGAAGCCACUCAGUCAAUCGCAGUCGUUGCAUUAGCUUAGUCGCAUAAUAUUGAAAUAUGUAUAUAUGUAGGGUGGAGUGCAAGACCAACACAGAGUUUUGCCAGAUUGAGUUUCCCUAUCAACUGCUAAUUGCCUUGAAAAGGAUAUAUAAUUGCGCUUAGAAGGGUGGUGGUGUUGAAAAAUUGGUACUAAUCAAAUAAAU